AUGGAUGGAAUUGUGGAAGUCGUCCGCCAGAUCGGUAGACAGCAGGGCGAGAAUGCUUACUACCGUGCUUGUUACGGCCUUCUCAAACGCCUACAAGAACUGAUCGAACAGGCAUCAGAAGAAUUGCUCCGACAUCAGCAGUCAGGUCUACAAGGUUCGCCAAGCCAGAGCUCUGAUCAUGCUUACAAAAUCCUCCGGGAACUGCAAGAGUCGACGUUUGAUCUGGUUGACCAGGCCUGUGAUGCUCAGUCAUCUUGUGAGGAGUUUUGCCCGAUCGAUCACCGGUUUUCUGCUCGCCAUGUCUUCCCCCGCCGUGAUCCUAGUCCGGUGGACCAUUUACUUGUGGAACCGUUGAGCUUACACAGGACUGAGAAUCCGGAAUUGCCUUUCUAG